AUGGGGCUCUUCACCCUGCUUAUAGGUAUUGAUCUCGACCGCCACCACGUGCGCAGCACGCACCGCAAGGCUCCCAAGAGCGACAAUGUGUACCUCAAGCUCUUGGUGAAGCUUUACCGCUUCCUGACCCGCCGUACCGAGUCCAACUUCAACAAGGUCAUCCUGCGCCGUCUCUUCAUGUCGCGCAUCAACCGCCCCCCCGUCUCCCUCUCCCGCGUCGCCGCCAACAUCAAGAACGGCAACGAGAAGAAGACCGUCGUCAUCGUCGGAACCAUCACCGACGACAACCGUCUCCUGACCGUCCCCAAGGUCACCAUCGCGGCCCUCCGCUUCACCGCCACCGCCCGCGCUCGCAUCGUCGCUGCCGGCGGUGAGGCCAUCACCCUCGACCAGCUCGCCCUCCGCGCCCCCACCGGCGCCAACACCCUGCUCCUCCGCGGCCCCAAGAACUCCCGCGAGGCCGUCAAGCACUUCGGCUUCGGUCCCCACAAGCACAAGAAGCCCUACGUCGAGUCCAAGGGCCGCAAGUUCGAGCGUGCCCGUGGUCGCAGACGCUCUCGCGGCUUCAAGGUCUAA